CUAACGUACCAAACACUAACUAAGAUCGAUCAACAAUACAAUAAUUGUGAUGGAGCAGACCUAACUAGAAAAGAGAAAGACCCGAGGAAGAUAGAAAAGGGAAAACGGUAAUGGUCGUCAAGUAUGCCCCUAUCUGCUAAAACUAAUUAAGCGCCGGCGCUUUCGUCGUCUUGUCAGCCCCAUAGGUCUCACCUUCGAAGGCGGGCCGGAGUCCUGUGCAACGCCUGCGGUGAGUGCUCAGCUCUCUGGUUGUGUGCGCAGGUUUAUUCGCUAUGGGGUGCCGGUUCACCAAAUAAACCCACAAGCAGAGAAAAGGGCCCUCGUUACGUUAUAUCUAGCGCGAACCUUAAAACCCUCGCGCGCUCAACAAUAUUACAAUAAUCAAAAAUAUGGCGUCGUUUUCGAGCAGUAACCGGAUGGCGCACUGGGUGCUAAGGGUGUCCGAGUUGGAAAAAACCUGGGAAUUUUUGAAAAGUGUCUUUGGUAUGGUGGUCAUUCGCCAUGAAGAGAACGACGCAGCCUGCAAGAUCACCUGCAACGGAAAGUUCGACAGGCCUUGGAGCAAAACCAUGAUGGGUUUCCCACAGCAUACAGAAGACAAAUGGCACUAACUAUAGAUACUAGCUUGGAGCGCCCGAUAACAACCCCUCGCACUAGGAUGCCCCUCCCCCCGAAGUAACCCAGGGAACAGGUAGGCAAUUCGUUAACUUUCAGCAGUUUCGCUGAAACUCAACUGCUUGGAUUUGAGUUUCUCAAAUUUCGAAGCCUUCCGCAUUAUUUUGCCGCUUUGGGACGGAUUAAAUUCAUCGCUGGAUUUGAAUUUCUCCAAUUCCAAAAUUUUUGAUUAUAGGCCUUUCCUCUGAGAUUCCAUCUCCUGGCAUGGCAAUUUCUCAAAUGUCGCAGCUUUCCUAUUAUUUUGCCUCGUAGGGGUUCAAUUUGUUGGAUUUGGAUUUCUCAAAUCCCAAAAUUUUUGAUUUUGCGCCUUAUCUCUGAGAUUCAAUGCCCUGGAUUGCUGGAAUUCCUCAAAUUUCGGCGCUUUCUUUAUUAUCUUGCUUCUUAUGCUUGGCGAUUCUCAAAUCCCAAAAUUUUUGAUUUUAAGCAUUGGCUUGCUCUGGCAUUCAAUUUCUUGGGUUUGAAUUUCUCAAAUUUCGAAGCUUUCCGCAUUAUUUCGCCCCUUUGGGAUUGAAUUUGCCGGAUUUGAAGCUCUCAAAUCCCAAGGUUUUCGACUGUAGGACCUUUUUCUGGGUUUCAAUCUCCUGGAGUUGAAUUUCUUAAAUUUCGAAGCUUUCGGAUUGAAUUCGUGGGAUAUGAGUAUCUCAAAUCCCAAAAUUUUUGACUUUAAGCAUUUUUUCGGAAGUUCAAUCCUGGGUUUCAAUUUCUCAUAUUUCGAAGCUUUCCGCAUUCUUUUGUCGCUUUAGGAUUGAACUCGCCGGAUUUGAAUUUCUCAAAUCCCAGUUUUUUGUUAUUUUGGGCAUUUUUUCUGCGAUUCAAUUUGCUGGAUUUGCGCUGUUCGUGAGUUGGGGAGUUCGUGAGUUUAUGGUUUCAUGAGUUCGGGCUCGUUCAUGCGUUCGAACUCGUUCAUGAGUUCGUGAGUUCGUGUUCAUGAGUUCGUGAGUUCAUGAGUUCGUUUUCGUGGGUUCAUGAGUUCGUGAGUUCACGGGUUCAGAAGUUCAGAAGUUCGGAAGGGGUUCAUGGGUUCAUGGGGUUUGCUGGUUUUUGUGUCGGAGGUUGAGGGGUUGGAGGUUGUGGGUUUCGGAGGUUGUGGGUUGGGGUGUUGGAGGUUGAGGUUCCGGAGGGGAAGUGUUUGCUGAAUUUUAUUGCUCUUAAUAUUUCCUUGAAUGAUGAUUGAUGAACAACAGCUAGUAGUUGUUUCUUUCUACAGAGAUGUGCUCUUUCGUCAUCGAGUGGUGCUUUCGUUGGUAUCAUCUAUAAUGCUACUUCCGUCGUAGAGGAGGAGGUUUCUCUUUCCAUAGAGAGUUGGUAUACUCUAGGCUGCAUUUUUUCACUCUUCUUGCAUUCAUCCAAAAAGGUACUGUCUCGAACUGACGUACAACUAUGGAGUUAAGAAGUACCCAACGGAUGGUGGAAUCGCAGCGAUUUCAGUAGCGGUCCCCGACCCAGCGAGUGCGUUGGAUGCGGCCAAGAAAUUAGGCUACGAAAUUGCUACCAGUGGAGCGAUUGUCGGACCCGAUGCUUACCCGUAUAUGCCUGUCGCAUUUCCCGACUCUUCACGCAGAAAAGAGCCCUUUAUGUCCGUGACUAUUGUGGUAAAUGACUUAGUAGCAUCAAAGAAAUGGUACGCGGAGACGCUGGACAUGGUUUGCAUCAGCGAAAGCGACACGGAAGCGACUAUGGGCUACAGUGUACCAUCCCCAACCGACACGACUUACGUCAUCUUACAGCAAAGACCACAGGAAAGCGACGGUGUGAUUUUUUAACUCUUAGUUCUUGAAGAUCUUUACUAGUGCAGCCAACAUCAAUGUUACUUAUUCAUACAUUUGGGCUUGAUGAGGGUCAUCUUGAAAGUGAAGAGUUGAAAUGUGAGUUUAUCUUGUUGCUCUCCAAUCACCACAACUUCAGCUAUUGUUCCCGGUGCCCAUUCUGGACGACUUGCGAUUUCCUGCCCAGACGUAUCGAAAUACUACGCAAGAUUUCCGGAAAAACAAGUCCUGCAUGAACUGCAGAUUUUGGACGAACCAUUAGGAAAGUUGGAGAUCGCCAUCGUUGCGGACCCAGACGGUUUUGAGCUGUGUCUAGUAACGUCCGCGGUAUUUGACCCCAGUACGAGAGACGCGGCAACUUGGUCAGACCCGGACUGGGAUUCGCGGAGAAAGAUGGGAGGCAAGUAGUUCUAGUUCGUCACCUCGUCUCUUGAACGUUGCUUAAGAAAGCGUUUCCUCUUCUGCCGUCAACGUCUGCAGCUGCCACUUUGUUAAGGACACGCGAAGCACCGCGUCAGCCGCCGGCGCAGAUAAAAUGCCAUGAGUCAACAUGUCAUCGUGACCACGACUACAUGAUCAGAUUGUAUUGAAUACAAGCCAUGCAGAUCCAUAUUUUGAUAUUGAUAUUCACAUGAAAAUGAAGAUGCGCCAUCCUGAUACGCACAUAGCUGAGAGUGCUUCUUGUCCGGUUCUUCGUGAUCGCAAAUUUGGAGUCCGGCCUGCGUCCAAUGCGAUCUAAAACAAAAAGCUCCGGCUUGUAAAAUGAAUUUCGCAGCAUUAGGCAUCUGAAGCUACAUAUUGAAGGAUUCAUACCACACACGUAUAUCGCAUGGACUGGGGGAGUUGUCUCGGUGCGGCGACCCCAAGGCCAUGCGAGCUGUCAAUAGCAGUAUCUCGACAAUGCGUAGAGAGAGUUUGUGUGUGACUCUUAUCGCCUAGCGUUUACGAAUAAUUUACAAUUUAUAUUUUAUAGUACAGGAGUCUUCAAUUUUUUACAGAGCUCGCGCUCGGACGACGUGAAAGUGGAUUUUCACCACAUCAAGUGCGGCUGUCGUGUCAUGGGUAGUGCUUGGUGGGAGUGCUCAGUCGGACCAGAU